UUUAGUUGCUUUGGAAAUUCCAUUAUACUUUUCACGUUAACGGUCGUUGAACACAGAAGAUCAUCUCGAGAAGAGACUCGUUGAUGGGAUCCAAACCAGGCAUUCAUAUUAAAGACCAUUCUACAGAGCACCUUCCAUUCUUAAAUUUAGAUAUUUUCUGACUGAUUUUCGGUUACAAUAUCCAUUAUUAAAACCUUGGUAAGUAAUGGGAGAAAAUGAAAAUGGAAUUGAGAAUGACAUGCUACAGUCUAUUUUGACAGAAAACAAAAUACUGAAAGGUAAACUACGAGGAUUUAAAACACUUGAUAAGAUGUUCAAAGAUGUCAAAGAAAGAAACGUUGUCCUUGAAAGUGAAAUUUCCCAACUGAAAGAAAAACACAUAGUGAAAACUCCUGCUGUAGAAGACAAAGAAGAUGAUGAUACUUUCGAAUAUGUUCCAAAAGCAAGUGAGCUCAAAGAAAAGGUUCCUCAUGGAACCGAGUACAAGCUUCCUACACCUAAAAUUUCUAUGCUUGAAAACAUGUCCAUUGCAGAUGAACUGAGAUCUAUCUUGGAUCAACGAGAUAUGACUUUCCCAGAUAAUACAAAGCUUGGAGAAGAGCUGAAAAAAUUAGCUAAUUCUAUCUCGGAAAUAGAAGAGAAAAGACAGCGUGAUCAGGAAGUCUUAAAGGUUUUGACAAAGGAACUAAAAAAAUGCAGAUCUGAGAAUGAAAUAUUCAGGAGAGAAAAUGAAAAUUUUCAGAAGCAAUUUCUUCCGCUUAAAGCAGGUGCAGCAGAAAAAGAAAAAUAUGUCUUUGUGGAGAAUGACCCUCUUGAAAAUACUUCUGAUGAAUGGAAGAACAUGUAUUUUACUGCUAAAAAGAAAUAUGACCAGGACAUAACGGAUCUUCGGAAACAUCUGGAAAUAAAAAGCAGAGAAAGUAGCCAGCUUGUAGCUCAGUUAGCUAAUGAAAAACAACACAACUUGGAAAUUGCAGAAUUGGUUAAGGAAUUGUCUAGUAAGUUAGAACAUGGUAAAGCUGAAGGAGAAGAUGACAUGAUAAGUCAACAGAUGCAAAUCUUUCAAGACGAUUUUAAAGUGGAACAUGAAGAACGUAUGAAAGCUCAAGCUGCUAAACUGGAGUUGGAGAAAAAGUUCGAUGCUCUUCAGAAGGAAUUUCAGGAAAAAAAUAGUUUGAUUGCAAGCAAUGAGAAAAAGCUGAAAUAUUACACGGAGAAAUGCGACAUUCUUACAAAAGAGAAAAUGUUGAUUAAAAAUGAGCUGGAUCUUGCUCAACAAAAUCUGAAAAGGGCCUCUGAAUUCAUAACCAACUUGUCUGUUCCCCAGAGAAAGUCAUCAGAAGCAGAAAGACACAUGAGACGUCUUGAGAGGAUUUCUGCAAUGACCAAUGACAAUGAUGAUACCAUGUCUGAUAUAUCUAACUGGAAAUGUCCAACUUGUACUUUGGAAAACAAACCUUGGUCCUACAAUUGUGUUAUCUGUAAAGGCCGUAAACCUGAUUCUCUUCAGUUUCCAUCAAAUAUGGACUUUGAUUUAGAGGUUGAUGGUCCUCCUUCCUUCAAUGCUUUCGAUUCAGCUGUGGACUCAAAAUGACAAUAAAAGAUUUUUGGCAAUGAAGGGGAAAGAAAUGUUGGCAGCAAUGAUCACUAAAGUUUGUUAUAUAACAUCUAGCCAGUGAGUAAAAAUAUCUGCUUCUAAAUGAGACAAGAUAAAUAGUCAUUGCCAAAAAUCAACUUCGUCAGAUUAUGUGGAAUGAAAUUAUCAGUUGAAUGACAAUUGUCAUUCAGCUGGUAAAUUGCCAUUCAAAUCAAAAGCAAUUCAAGAAAUGUGUGGAAGCUUCAGUCUGAAAAAACAUCAUGUCAUCACCAAUUUACUCAUGAAAUCUGCAAAUUUACUGGGAUGCUCAAAUUUCUGGCUGCAACUGUGUUUGUAAGAAAUCCUUAUACAAGAGGCAUAUUCAGUAACCAUUGCCAUGUACUAACAAACAACUUUGACUUACCCUAUAACAUCUAAAGUGGAGAUUUGUAUCUGUAAUUCCAUAUAUAUAUUUAUAUUUCUUAAAAAGUGUAAUGACUAUUGCUACAAUGAACAGUGAACUGUAUUAGGAGAUUUACAAUGUUUUGGUUGAUGUUGACUGUAUUAAACUCAAAUUAUGCAUGAUAUUUUACAUGCUUCUUGAACUAAUAGGAAAAUAAGCAAAAUGUGCUGGAUUUGAUCUCGUCUAUUUCUGUUACAAAGUCUAACUUUGUUAUAAAACUCAGAACCCAAUCUAAAACUGACUAGACUUUAUUUUGGUGGGUUUGAACAAUGCUAAAUAUGAUUAUGUGUAUGAUUUGUUUGUUGAAGUAUUUUUAUUAAUGAUUAAUUGUCUCACUCAAGACUAUUUCAGCUGAUUGUUUAGUUUAUAAUUAUGUGUAAUUCAAAAAAAUUUUUUUGUCUAACUAAAGUACAAGUUGUAGAAUUUUUCGUGUGGUAGUGUCUGCUGAAAUGUUGAUACCAACAUCAAAACUACAAAAGUUUGUAGGUAAUAUGGACAUAUUGAAGGAGGGCAGCACCAGCAGCUCUGAACAUUUAUCUUGAUCAAAUUCCAUGCUUCUUUCCAGUGACGUUAGUUUCAUUUGCUGCUUUUAGAUUUGGUUGAGUAUGGCAGCUUUAGAUGAGCUUAAAAACAUGAGUGGCUAUUGAUUCCAUUGAUUGAGAAAAAAUAUCAUAGAAAGAUAAUUUCCUUGGUAUAUUCCAGUUACUAGCCUAAUUUUGCUCGCUAUAAUAACAUCAGUUUUUGUUAACCAUAAUUAAUCAUGUAACAGACUGCAGUAUAACUUUUGCGUUGUUUUUGGAGCUAAGAUAGAAAAAUAUUUUUCUAUAGAAUUACUUCAGUUUUAUGCUCUGUAGUAGUGUUAUGUACUUUUCCUCACUAAUUAGUAAAUGAACACCAAUUACUAUACAUAAACCACUGAAUAAUUUAUUACUAAGUAUGUAUAGAAGCUAAUUGAGAAAGCAUGAAUAGUGAAAAAUAUUUACAUCCACACUAUAUUUCAAUCAGUUUGGUCCCUGAUCAUCAUAGAUCUUAUUCCUUGUUAUAUAGUAUGGGACUGUUUUUGAACUUGGAAUCUUUAUAUAUAUACUAAGAGAUAAUAACUUUCCUAUCCAACAGGGUACUGGUACUGCAUAGGAAUGUUAAAACACUUAGAAAUAAACGUCUCUGGUUAUAUUCCAAUCUAGUAUUAUAAUCUAAUCUACAUGAUAAGACAAAUUGUUAUUAUUUUUAUUAUAAAAUUUGAAACAAUUAUUAUUAUUUAAUCAUCAUUCAAUGUCGUUAUUGAAUGUCUAUCUCCCAUAGAACUUGACACAAUCCUCCAACAUGUUGAAUCCUGUUAAACCAUCCUUCCCAUGCUCACGUGGAAGAUGGUUGUUAAACGAUGAUGAUGAUUAUUAUUUAUUAUUUUGUCUAUAUUGGAUAGUAGAUCGACAGAAUCGUUGGAGCGUAUGACAAAAUUGUUUUGCAGUAUUUUGUGACAUUUCUUGACUUUCUGAGUUCAAAACCUUCCAAUAUCUACUUCACCUUUUAUCUUCUGAGAUAAAUAAUAGAAUGUACACUUUAAGCACUGAGGUUAAUAUAAUCAACUAACACUUUAUGUAUUUCAUGCUGAUAUUAAAGUUUCCCCUAUAAUAUCUUAAAUCUCCCAAGCAAAAUGUUUGAACUUGGGAUUGUUGUUUGUGAGACUGAGUCACAAUGAAAACAAUUUUGCUGUGAUGACACUGAAAUACAUGAAGCCAGAUUAGAGAUCAAAUCAAGUGAAACAUAGUGUAGAUGUAGGAAUUAAAAAAAAAUAAUCAUUUGUAGUCUAAAAAUGAAGUCAACAGUUAAAAGUUUAUUCUAAUAAUCAAUUAGAGAUAAUGAAGAGUAGGAACUUCCAUUUUUAUACAAGCACAAGUCUGUAUAUUUAGCAGAAACUUAAUCAGUUUACAUAUUUUUGUAUUCUGAUUUAUUUUAACCACCAAAUUCUCCAAAGAAUUUAUGGAAGCAUACAUAGAAGUAAACAAAUACAGCACAAUCAUCUCAUUUAUGCUUGAAUGAAACGUUUCCGUUUCUUAUCAGAAAGAUAAGGAUCACUAAAGAGAAUUGAAAAUUAUAUAAAAGCAGUUUGCAAUAUAUUAUUCUGAAAUGAAUUCUAUAGAAUUUUGAAAACUUUAUACCCUAUAUAGUUCACUGAAUAUCUUCAAACAGUUAUUAUAAUUCUCCAUGUACAGAGAACUAUAUUAGCAUUUAGUCAUACAUUAUAUGUCCAUGAAUAACUUAUAAUAAAAAAAAAAGCAUGAUAGUUUCAAACAAAA